AUGCCCGUGUCGAUUGGCGACGAGUAUUAUUCGUACUCGCCGCGGCCCUUUGUCGUGGCGUCGGCCGCAAGUGCCCCUCCUGCCUCGUCGUCCCCGGCGCCUGCGGCUGUGGGGAUGUCGCCUCUUCCCGCACCUCAAUCUGCGCCGUCGUCGGUGACUCAGGCUGGCCGUGUCCUCGCGCCUGCUGCCCCGCCCGUUCCCGCCGUGGCGACGUUGUCUGCCCCUGGCGUGGCGCCUGGUCAUGCGCCCGCGUCGCCACCUGCUCCCGCGCUCGCCCCGGCGUCCGCUCCCGCCCCUGCCCCUGGGCCUGUUGUAGCGUCUGAUCCUGCGCACGCUUCUGCGCCUGCGCCGGUGGUUCCACCUGUCCCCGUGGUGGUGCCGGCGCCCGUGCCUGUGGUUGCGGCGUCGUCAGCUGCUGUUGGAGAAGCCUCCGCGCCGCCGCCGGGUCGCCUGCCGUGGCGCCUUCUGCAGCUGCUGCCGGUGACGAUGGCUGACUUGCAGCGAGUCGUGUACGACGCAAUGCGCGAGGAGCGGAACGGGCGGGCGAGCCUGAGCAAUUCGCCGCGCCACGCUCCUGUGCCGGUGUCUCAUCCUCCGCCUGCGCCCGCUCCUCCUCUUCCCGUGACUGCCGCACCUCCUCUUCAUGCUCCCGCCGCGUCUGCUGCUGCUCGUGGGAACCGUCUCCGGCUGCCGUGGGUUCCUCCUGUGGCGGGCGUGGAGUUUGUGACUGCGGGCGGGGGACCAGUGACGCCGCAGUAUCCGUCCCUGCUGCCUGUAGCUCCUGAUCCUCCGGCAGCGGAUCUUCCGGUACAGUCGCUGGUUGGGCCUUCUCCUUCGGUGGAUGUGCCCGAGGCGUCGCUCGGGCAGCUGUGGCGUCUCUCUGAGGGUCUGCGGGCUGUUCACCUGAUCCAGGUGUAUUGCCACGCGGCUCUUUCUCGUGGCGUGCCUCUGGUAGGCGGCCCUCUGGACGAGUGCUCGGAUGCCGCUGACAGGAUUGCCGAGCUCCUAACGCCCGUGUUGGCUGCGCCCGCGCGGGGUGGAGUUGCGGGCGUUGGACAGCUUGGGACUGUGCUCCGUGGUUUGCGCCGGGUGAUGCGCGCAGCGACUGCAGUCGACCUGUUCGGCGCAACCACUGUGGUGGUGCGCGAACUUCAUCGCUCACUGACGGGUCUUCUCGGCGUCCUUGAUGCGGAUCAGAUGUAG